GAAAUGAAAAAAAAGAAUAUAUCUCUCACAUUCACAUACAUACAAACAAUGCAACCACCCGUUUACACACGCGCUCUCCAUGCAAAAAUUUCCAUAGUUUCUAGUAGUUUAUCUUUCACUUGACAUCAACCUAUGAGGCUACAACAAUGCAAAGUAACAAAUACAACAAAACUAGUAUUUCGCGUUUUCGUUCGUUGUCAUUCAAAAGGCAAAUACGCACAAAAGAGUUCCAUCCUUCCGUUGAUUUCGGCGCUGUGUUUCAGUGAGCCUCAUUAAGAUCCCAACGUCCACCCUCUCCCCGCAAUUGCCGGAGAAACAAAAAUAAAAUAAAAUAAAAAAGUGAGAAAGCUAAUGAAACAAACAAAGUCCUUUGUAUGUGUCUGUAUCUGUGUCUGAGUUCGUGUUACGCGAGUUUAAAAGACCAGACCCAUUUCCCCUCGUGUCGUUAAACAGUUGCUGAUGCUCACCCUCGUUCUCUGCGGUUGCAAAAGGAACUAACUUGACCCGAGGAACCGGAGAAAGUGGAACGGUUGCGUGGUGGGUCGGAACUUGUUGGGGAGUGAUAUGGUGUGGUGAGGCGUAGUGUAAUGGGGUGCGUGGUUGCGAAGCAGGCGGUGUCAGUGACGCCGGCGAUUGAGCACUCGGUUGAGUUGGAGAAGAACAGGAAUAAGAAGAAGAGUGAGUCAGUGGGAGCGAGUAGGAGCGAGUUGGGUGAGUCAGGGAGAGCGAGUUCCAAUGGUGAAAGUGACUCUCUCAGCUUCAGAUUGGGGAACCUCAGUAAGUACGUCGAGGGAGAGCAGGCGGCGGCGGGGUGGCCGGCGUGGCUCAGCGCCGUCGCCUGUGAAGCCAUUCACGGUUGGGUGCCUCUUCGUGCUGACGCAUUUGAGAAACUUGAUAAGAUUGGGCAGGGUACAUAUAGUAGUGUUUUCCGAGCAAAGGAGAUUGAGACCGGGAAGAUAGUGGCUUUGAAGAAGGUUAGGUUUGACAAUUUUGAGCCAGAGAGUGUGAGGUUCAUGGCACGGGAAAUAAUGAUUCUUAGAAGGCUUGAUCAUCCAAACAUCAUUAAACUGGAUGGCUUGAUUACUUCUAGAUUGUCUUGUAGCAUAUACCUUGUGUUUGAGUACAUGGAGCACGACAUCACGGGGCUCUUGUCUAGACCAGAAAUCAAGUUCAGUGAAUCACAGAUCAAAUGCUACAUGAAACAGUUGUUAUCUGGUCUUGAGCAUUGUCACUCACGGGGUGUAAUGCACCGGGACAUCAAAGGGUCAAAUCUUUUGGUGAAUAAUGAAGGGAUAUUGAAGGUGGCAGAUUUUGGAUUAGCAAAUUUCUCCAGUUCUGGGAACAAGCAACCCCUCACUAGUCGUGUUGUCACCUUAUGGUACCGUCCUCCAGAACUUUUGCUCGGUUCAACAGAUUAUGGUCCAUCCGUGGAUCUCUGGAGCGUUGGCUGUGUAUUUGCAGAAUUACUAAUUGGGAAGCCUAUACUUCAGGGGAGAACUGAGGUUGAGCAACUGCACAAAAUUUUCAAGCUUUGUGGCUCCCCACCUGAUGAAUACUGGAAAAAGACCAGACUUCCUCAUGCAACAUUGUUCAAGCCACAGCAACCAUAUGAUAGUUGCCUCCGAGAGACAUUUAAAGAUUUUCAUGCAUCCAGUGUAAAUCUUCUACAGACCCUUCUUUCUGUUGAACCAAGUAAACGUGGAACUGCCUCGUCUGCUCUCUCAUUGGAGUAUUUCAAAACAAAACCUUAUGCAUGUGAUCCAUCAAGCUUACCAAUAUACCCACCUAGCAAGGAGAUUGAUGCGAAACAUGAAGAGGAGUCGAGAAGGAAAAAAAUUGGUGGGCGAGUUUGCGGACCAGAAUCGAAGAAACCAUCAAGAAAGCCACUAGGACUGAGUAAAUUAGCCCCAGCAGAGGAUUUGACAAGUCAAACUCAAACAUCCCAAAAGAUUGAUGAUAAAUCUUUCCACACCCUUAAAGAAGAGAACACAAACACAUGUGAGGAGGCACCAAAGCAGUCUAGUGUUAAACCAGAAGGUGCUUCCCAGAUGAAGAAUGCAUCUCAAGUAGAUAUUCCCUUUCCUGGACCAUUGCAAGUUUCAAAAUCAAGUGGCUUUGCAUGGGCAAAAAGGCGCAAAGAUGACACUUCAAUUAGAACCCACAGUCGGUCUAUUUCUAGAGGAUAUAUCUUUAAUUCAUUAGAAACUUCGACACUGAAUUCAAGGAAUAAUUCUGAAUCCAGAAACUAUGAAAAUAAGGAAUUUUUUGGGGCACACACCAACUCUAGGGGCCAUGACCUACUUGAAAUUUCUAAGCUAGCUAUGCAAAAUCAAUGGAGUAAGUUUGAUCGUCCAGAUUCAUUUGAUACUUCUGAGGAGUACCAUUCACAAGAACUGUCCAUGGCGCUUUAUAACAGGCAAGAUUCACUAUCCAAGAGAAGUAACUUGAGUUACCAAGAUCAAGGAGAAAAGGUAGAGUUUUCAGGGCCUCUUCUGUCUCAAAUGCACACAGUUGAUGAACUCUUGGAAAGACAUGAGCGUCACAUCCGUCGUACCGUCAGAAGAUCAUGGUUUCAGAGAGGUAAGAAGCAAGGAAAGUAACCACAACUGUAAUAUUUAUUCAUAGAAGGUUAUAUAUCCUCGUAUGAUAUAUCAAAUCAAAUGUCCUUGCGAAGGGCAAUCUCCAUUGUCCAAGCACACUUCACUGCUGUGACUUUGAGCAACAAAUGAACAUUAUCAUGAACACACUCAACACGGUAUCCAGCAGCAUGAGUUGUUACCUAGAAGCUUGGAAGCUAACCAAUUUGAGGAGUGUAAUUCAAUCUAUAGAAAUCAGAAUGCCGUGGAGAAGAGAGGAAAAGAUUUUUCUUCCUUCCUUUUCACCAUGGAUUCUCUAUUUUUGGUCAAUUAUAAUAUAUGAAAAGUUAUUUCUGUAUGAUCUAAACUUCCUCAAUCCUCUUGCCUCUGGUAAUCGUUAUCUACCUCUCAAGUCUCAUCCAGCAAUGUACAUAUUUGAUCUGCCACAACUGCUUCAAUAUCUAUACAUCGGUCUAGUUAUCAUUUUUUCA